GUCUCAGGUAGAUUUCGAAAGCUUGAGUAAGGCUAAAGUCCGAAAAUAACAAGUAUCAAGCUGAACUCGCAAAAGAGUGUGAAGGCGUAGGCCAUGAGCAUUUUUUCUGAUUAUCCCGUUAGAAAUGCGCCCCUCUUAGUAAAGUUUCGAUCAAAAAGCUCCACAAUAAAUUCAUGAGGGUAAGCGAUCUCUAGGAAUUUGGUGCAUAACGGAGAUGCUCACCGCUCAGAUCCGUUCGUAGGCGUAACAUGUGGAGAAAAUAGUCCAAUUGACUACUACGCGCGCUCUUGUAGUGGAUCGCUAUGGCACUCCUUCGCUUCUUUUUUUCUCCUUCCUUGAUUAUGAGAAACAUCGUAGCUUAUUCUCAUAUUAUGUGAGAUUUAAGCUUCCUGUAUUAGCACCCGUGUUGUUGUAACAUCCUCCCCAUCAUCGCCGCGUGUGUGGGUGUAUCUUCCGACACGCUGCGGGAUUUCCUCAACAUAUUGAAGUACGAAUGCAGGUUUUAUUUUUGAGAUGGAUAUACCUCCCUCCCCCCCCACACACACUUUUCUCACACGUACUCACUUCAUGAUGUAAUCAUAGAAAGAGUUGCCUUGAAUAAAUCCAUGGCUUUUUUAGCGUACAACGUAUGCUGCGUCAUAAAUACGCCUUCUGAAAAUAUUUUGGUGUUUUAUUUUUCCCAAACCUUUCUUUCCCAUUCCCUUCAAAAAUCAAAAAGAAAGAAACACCACCAGCACUGCCUGAUCCUUUCUCCAGAUCUUAGAAAGGCUGAUUUUUUAUCCCCCCCUCCCCCCCUCUUCAUCACCCCAACCUUUGACACAUUUUUUUCGAUUUCCUACCCUCCGUUUUCGUGGUGCGUCUUCGCUCAUCCUCCGAUUUUCCAGCCAAACGCACGCGGAACGGAUUAA